AUGUCGACGACCCACCCCGUGGUCGUCCCGAAGCUCGAUCGAUCGACGGACGACGACGCGUCGACGGUGGUGCGCCGUCGACGCGCGCGCGAGAGCGACCGUCGCGCUCGGACGCGGGACGACGACGGGGUGGAGGGAUCGAUCGUGAUUGAUUCAUUCAUUCAUUCUCAUUCAUUCGCGCGCGAUCGACGCGAUCGCGAGCGGGAGAUGGGGGGCGACGGUGACGUCCCGACGUCGUCCGUCCUGUUCGCGGUGCGGAAACACGCGGGGCGGACGUGCGCGAGUCACACGGCGGCGUUUUUGGCGUGUAAGCGGGGGGAUCAGGACCCGGAGACGUGCUUGAGAGAGGGCGCGGCGCUCACGGGGUGUCUCGUGGACGCGCUCAAGGAUUUAAAGUCAAAGUGCGGAGACGAAUUGAACGGGUACGCGGCGUGCUUGGAUUACAGGAGUAACAAUUUUGAAAAGUGUAGAAAGGAGCAGGCGGCGUUCGAGAACACGUGUACGCUCUGA